GGUAGAGCGACGCCGUUGGUUGGAUUACUUUUAGACUCCAGACCAUUAUCGUCUGCCUUCUUGCUUUAUCAUUGCUUAAGUUUACUUCGUUAUCUGCACCACCACAGAAAGAAGUCCCCGGGUGUUUAAAUUUCGGGUUGGCCCCAUAACAUGCGUUUGACCCGGCCACCUGUUCAGUAGUUCGUGUGAAUUCCAGCAGGGCGUAGCUAUAAAAUGUAUCACUACCAGCAAGGCGAUGAAACUGGCGCAUAUACAGAUGCGGAAGCGGACAAGAGCUUCGCCUUCGAUGACCAGAGCAUUCGGAAGGGUUUUAUCCGAAAGGUCUACUUGAUAUUGAUGUGCCAAUUGCUGAUCACUUUCGGUUUUGUUAGUGUAUUUACGUUCUCGAAAGCUUCGCAGGAAUGGGUGCAAAAGAAUCCGGCCCUGUUUUGGAUAGCCUUAGCAGUUCUUAUCGUGACCAUGAUAUGCAUGGCCUGCUGCGAAAGUGUACGCCGUAAGACGCCUCUCAACUUCAUAUUCCUGUUCCUGUUCACCGUUGCGGAGUCGUUCCUUUUGGGAAUGGUCGCCGGACAGUAUGAGGCGGAUGAGGUUUUGAUGGCAGUGGGAAUUACGGCUGCGGUGGCCCUGGGACUCACCCUGUUUGCCCUGCAGACCAAGUACGAUUUUACGAUGUGCGGAGGAGUGUUGGUGUCCUGCCUUGUGGUCUUCAUCAUCUUUGGCAUUAUCGCUAUUUUCAUCCCGGGCAAGGUGAUCGGACUGGUCUAUGCCUCCUUGGGAGCAUUGCUCUUCUCCGUUUACUUGGUGUACGAUACCCAGUUGAUGUUGGGCGGUAAUCAUAGGUACUCCAUCAGUCCCGAGGAAUACAUCUUCGCCGCUCUAAACCUCUACCUGGACAUUAUUAACAUCUUCAUGUACAUACUGACCAUUAUCGGAUUGUCUCGCAAUUAGACUGGUCAUUAUGACCCAUAGCUUCUAUUCGAGUUUUAGAAAUGUAACUUAAUUUUAUGCGCCCAGUGCCACCCUAGCCGCGAAGAAAUACAAGCCGACUAACUAAUCCAA